UCCAACAUGUCAACAUUCCUCGCUCGAAAAUUUGACAGACGAAGGCUGGCUGCAGGAGUGUGAUUGUGGCUGUUAUGGCCUGAAUUAUUCAGUGACUGCCGCUAGCCAGACGCCAAGAUGAACAUCAAACACCUCAAGAACAUCUUGCCGCCUCAAGAUGGUGCUGCAAAAAUCACAGCCUUAGCCUGGUCACCUAAUAAUGUAAAGUUAGCUGUGUCUACAGCAGAGCGCGUUAUUCUGCUCUUUGAUGAAAAUGGUGAACGUAGAGACAAGUUUUCAACUAAACCUGCUGAUGCCAAGUAUGGCAAGAAAAGUUAUUUGGUGAAGGCUAUUGCUUUCUCCCCUGACAGCACAAAAAUUGCAAUUGGCCAAACUGAUAAUAUUAUUUAUGUAUACAAGAUUGGAGAAGACUGGGGAGAAAAGAAGGUGAUAUGCAAUAAGUUUGUACAGUCAUCCCAAGUGACCUGUCUUAUAUGGCCAUUUGAGGGACCAAUUGUCUAUGGCUUGUUAGAGGGAAAAGUGCGAGCAGCAAACAUAAAGACUAACAAAUCACAGACGCUUUACCAGACAGAGUCCUAUGUUGUGUCACUCACUCCAAAUUUGCGUGGCACUGCAUUUCUCUCUGGCCAUGCUGAUGGAUCAGUUGUGCGGUUCUAUGUUGCUGAUGAUCCAUAUGCUGAGCCACAGGGCAAAAUAAUAUCCCAUCCUGUGCCUCCUUAUGCCAUUGCAUGGACUAACAGUAACAUUAUUGCUGCUGGGUGUGACAAGCGUAUUGUAAUGUAUACCAAAAGUGGGAAGAUUCAUCAACAGUUUGAUUACACCAGAGAUGGAUCAGAACGGGAAUUUUCAGCUGCAGUUGCAAGUCCUAGUGGUCAGGCUCUUGUUGUUGGCAGCUUUGAUAGAUUGCGUAUCUUUGACUACAAUACAUCUCGAGGUAUGUGGGACGAAAAAACCUCAUGUGAGUUUGAAGGUUUCUACACAAUCACUGCCUUAGCAUGGAAACGAGACGGGUCUAGACUGGUUUGUGGAACAUUAUGUGGUGCAGUUGAGCUCUUUGAUUCUGUGCUGCGACGAUCUGUGUGGAAAAAUAAGUGGGAGAUGACUUAUGUUGGACCAUCACAAGUAUUGGUUAAGCCUUUGGCUGGAUCAGGCCCUUUUGGCAGCCGAGGAGUUAUCCUCAGGUCACAGUAUGGUUUUGAAAUCCAUGAUGUUCGUAUUAUGGGCAAGGAUCGCUACCUGAUUGCCCGUACCAGUGAAACCUUGUUGCUGGGAGACCUACACAGGAAUUUGCUGAGUGAAGUUCAUUGGGCAGUGGAACCAGGAACAGAGAAAUUUUAUUUUGACAAUGAGAAUGUUUGUAUGAUCUUCAAUGCUGGUGAGCUUUCACUGGUGGAAUAUGGCAAUAAUGACUUGCUUGGAUCAGUUAGGACCGAGUUCAUGAACCCCCACCUUACCAGUGUUCGACUGAAUGAACGCCGCCAACGAGGCAUAGACGACAACAAGAAGAUGGCUUAUUUAUUAGAUCUGAAAACAAUAUGUAUUGUGGAUUUAACUUAUGGCCAAUCACUGGGACAAAUCACUCAUGACUCGAGAAUUGAUUGGUUGGAACUAAACGAAACAGGCUCCCAGCUUUUAUUCAGAGAUAAGAGGCAAAGACUGAUGCUGAUAAAUGUUGCAACUCUACAUAAGACAACAAUACUGAAUUACUCAACAUUUGUUCAGUGGGUGCCUGGUAGUGAUGUGGUAGUGGCCCAAAGCCGUGAGCAGUUGUGUGUCUGGUACAACAUCGACACCCCCGAACGAGUUACAAUAUUCCAGAUCAAAGGAGAAGUUGUUGAUGUUGAAAGAGCUGAUGGAAGAACAGAGGUUAUUGUGCAAGAAGGUGUCCAAGAAUUAUCGUAUGCAUUAGAUGAAGGGUUAAUAGAAUUUGGAACUGCUAUUGACGAUGGUGACUUCUUGAGGGCCAUGAAUUACCUUGAGACCCUGCCAAUGACAGCUGAGGCAGAAACUAUGUGGCGAACACUUGCUCGGUUGACACUGGAGGGGCGUCAUCUCUAUAUAGCUGAACGUUGUUAUGCAGCUCUUGGAGAUGUCUCAAAGGUCAGAUACCUUCAAGGAAUUAACCAAAUAAGGCAGGAAAUUCAAAAUACCACAGGUGAAGAUGCAAUACAGAAUUAUGAAGUACAAGCUCGUUUAGCCAUUCUGGACAAGCAGUUCAAGACAGCUGAAAGUAUCUACCUUGAUUACAAUAACCUUGAGAAAGCUAUGGAAAUGUACCAAGAACUUCACAAAUGGGAUGAAGCUGUCCAACUAGCUGAAGUAAAGGGCCAUCCAGAAGUUGAAUCACUGCGUAGGGCUCACACACAGUGGCUUAUGGACACCCAUCAAGAAGAGAGAGCUGGCCAGCUUAAAGAAGCUGAGGGCGACUAUUUGGCUGCUAUUAAUAUGUAUCUCAAAGCUGGAAUGCCUGCUAAAGCUUCUAGAUUAGCUACAAGCAUCGAUGAACUUCGUGAAGAUCCAGAACUUAUAACACGAAUUGCUACAUCUUUGCUCAGAACUGAACUCUAUGAGCAGGCUGGAGAAUUGUAUGAAAAAGUUGGUGAACCCCAAAAAGCCUUGGAAUGUUAUCGUAAAGGUCAGGCUUAUGCUCGAGCUGUGGAGUUAGCACGAUAUGCGUUCCCUGCAGAUGUUGUGCACAUGGAGGAAGAAUGGGGAGACCAGCUAGUGUCCAACAAGCAGGCAGAUGCUGCUAUCAGUCACUACAUUGAAGCAGGACGUACUAUAAAAGCCUUAGAUGCUGCAAUAACUGCUAGGCAAUGGAAAAAAGCUAUGCAAAUUAUAGAGGUCAUAGAUGAUGAUGAAGCUCUACAGCCACACUUGAUGAAGUUGGGCAAUCACUUCUCAUCAAUGAAUGACUUGAAAAGGGCAGAAAAAUUCUAUAUUAAGGGUGGCAUGUUCAACGAGGCAAUUACAAUGUAUAACCAGGCUGGCGAGUGGGAACGUGCCCAUCAACUUGCCAGUAAGUACAUGGGUGCCGACAAGGUAGCUGUCAUGUAUGUGAACCAAGCACAAGUACUGGAGAGUCAAGGCAAGUUUAAAGAAGCAGAAAAACUCUACAUCUCAGUCCAUGAACCUGAUCUGGCUAUUACUAUGUAUAAAAAGCAGCGACAGUUUGACCAGAUGAUGCAAUUAGUGAAGGAGUAUCACUCUGAUCUGGUGCAAUCUACACACCUGCACUUAGCUGCACAGCUAGAGCAGGAGAGUAACUAUCAUGAUGCAGAAAAACACUACAUAGCUGCUGAUGACUGGAAAGCUGCCGUCAACAUGUAUCGUGGUGUGGACAUGUGGGAAGAAGCAUAUAGAGUAGCAAAAAAAGAGGGAGGUGCCAAUCCAGGAAAGCAAGUAGCAUUCAUGUGGGCAAGAACACUUAGAGGUGAUGCUGCUGUCAAACUCCUUAGUAAAUUUGGUUUAUUGGAGCAGUGUAUUGAUUAUGCUUGUGAAAGUGGCCAGUUUGAAUUUGCCUUUGAACUGGCUCGAAUAGCAAUGAAAAAUAAAGUACCAGACAUUCACUAUAAGUAUGCCAUGGCACUAGAGGAUGAUGGCAAGUAUCCGGAGGCAGAAUCAGAGUUUAUUCAAGCAGGCAAACCGAAGGAAGCUGUAUUGAUGUAUGUUCAUGCUCAGGACUGGGAGAGUGCACAGAGAGUGGCAGAGGCACAUGACCCAGAUUCUGUUGGAGACGUACUUGUGGGCCAGGCCAAGGUAGCUUUUACAGACAGGGAUUAUCCAAGGGCAGAGGCACUUCUGUUACGUGCUCAGAGGCCAGAACUUGCAGUCAAAUUUUACAGGGACAGCAACCAAUGGACUGAGGCAUUGAGAGUGUGCAAAGAAUACCUUCCACAUAAGCUUAGUGCACUUCAGGAUGAAUAUGAUCGAAAUGUUCUUAGUCGAGGAUCACAAGAUUCACAAGCUCUCAUGAAUCAGGCACGCCAGUGGGAGGAAUCUGGAGAAUAUUCUCGAGCAGUUGAUUGUUAUAUGAAGGUGACCCCAAGUAUGACCAGUGAUGCAGCAUUAUUGGAAAAGGCAUGGAGCAAAGCUGGAGAAUUAGCUGUCAAGUUUCUCUCUGCUGAGAAAGCUGAUGAGAUAUCCCAUAUUCUUGGUCCACGCCUUUUGGAAAUCAAGCGUUAUUCAGCUGCUGCUCAGUUGUUCCUUGCUGGUGAUCAAAUUAAGGAAGCCAUAGAUGCAUUCAUCAUGGGACAGGAAUGGGGUAAAGCAAAGAAAGUUGCAAAAGAGUUGGAUCCUCGAUAUGAAUCCUAUGUUGAUUCAUCAUAUAAAGACUUCUUGAAAAAUGAGGGUAAAGCUGAAGCUCUAGCAGAUGUGGACUUAGCCGGGGCUUUAGAAAUGUAUGUUGAGGCUGGGCAGUGGUCCCGAGCAUUGGACACUGCUGCCUCCCAUGGCCCACAGUUGUUACAUAAAUAUCUUGCAAAAUAUGCUACAAGUCUUAUCAAGGAUGGUCAAGCUGUUGAAGCCCUGGGUUUGUAUAAGCAGUAUGGGGCUCCAGCUGUUGCACAGAACUACAACAUAUACCGACGUUUAACACAAGAUUUAAUGAGUUUGCAUGAAUUAUGUUCAGCACAGGCUUAUCGCACUUGGGCAGAUCUGCGAGAUCUCCUCUUCUCAUUGGUAGAGGACCUGAGGCAACAUGAGGAUACAGACGGUGUCAUGAAAGAAUUUGAGAUGCUGUUACUUCAAGCCCAUUAUCUGGCAGCACGCUCAGCUUACAUGGCUACACCACAACUAGAAAUAUUAGUUGCAAAAGUGUCAGUUUCCUUACUGCGCCACAUUGAUAUUUUACCAGCAGAUAAAGCUUUCUAUGAAGCAGGAAUGGCUUGUAAGGAGGUUGGAUGGAAAAACAUGGCAUUUGUAUUCUUAAAUCGAUUUUUGGACUUGUGUGAAGCCAUUGAGGAGGGUUCACUUGACUCACUUGAUCAUUCUGACUUCUUGGACACUGACAUUCCUUAUGAGAUUCCUCUACCAGAGUCUCUGACCAUACCUGAACCACUGAGGGAAGAAGCCAAGGAAUGGGUGUUGGCAGUAUCAAUGGACCAGCAAGUGGAACAGGUUCUGCCUACAGAUGAGCGCAUGGUUUAUGAAGCUUCCUUAGUAGGUCCAGACAAUACUACCUAUUCUCCUUGUGUUAUCUCUGGUUAUCCAGUUAUUCGGAAUCAUAUUGAUCUUAAGCGUGGACAAGCAGCCAACAAGGAAGAUUGGAAUAAACUCAUCAUGGCGACCAAGAUGUCAAAUGCCCCUGAAUGUCAGGAUGUACUUAAGUUUAUAACUGCAUGGUGUGUUGGGCUUCCCAGCAUGGGAUACAAUUUCCAGUGAAUUUAUAUAUUGGGUGAUUGCACAUGACUAAUAACAUUUAUUAUUAAAUUAAUUUAAAAUAGCUGUUAAUCUAAAAGUUUCCCAGGAAUUAACACACCUUUAGCACUUCACUUUCACUUUUAUAUAUUAAGUUUGUUGCUUUGAUUUUCCACACUAGUCAUAUAUGUUAAGUACAGUGUAACACACAUUUACUAAUUCAAGCAGAUUGAAGUAGAACUGGGAAAUAUACUUUAUAACUGUAUAUGCUUCAUACAAUAGGUUACAUUUUGAAAGGACUCAAAGCCUUCUGAAGUAUGCAAGAGGACACGGGAUACAACAUAGUUGCAUGGGAUGCAUUUUUGGGGUCAAAUAAAAAAAUGUUUAGAAAAAUCAUCCACUGUUUUCACAAUCUUUGCCUUUGCCCCGUAACCCUGAUUUCACAGAUCCUAAACUUACUUAGUCGACCGUGUUCUUUGCCUUUGUUUCUCUCGUUAUCUCCGUUUCUGUUCUCUCUAUGUCUGUCUAUUUUUCAAUGGAAUAUUUGUGGUUUUUAUGCCAACUUCCAUGAACUCCAGCUUCUAAUCAUGAAGUUUUUACCACUUCUUGGCGAACACAAAGACUUUGUGUUUGUCUCCAGGAGCCGGUGCUCGUCCUAGUCACUUUCAUGGUUAUUCCUUUCUCUCCACCCCUCCAGCUUUUGCUGGGGCCCAUAACUACUGCCCUCUUGAUCCGUCACAAUAUUCCCUUCGUCCUCCUACUUUUUCAGCCGCACAUUGUGUUCUGCAACCCUUAUCUUUGUGAGUAAAUGGUAUACAGUUUGUUCCAUUUAUCUCGUCUCUCCCUCUAAUGUCCUACUUUCUCUUCCUGAUCUUAAACACCUGUUGGACUCCUUACCAGAGCCUGUGCGCCUUUUAGGUGAUUUUUACUGUCGAUAUUUCCUCUGGGGAGAUGUUCUGACAAACAUCCAGGGCUGUCUACUCAAACCAUUUAUCCUCUCCUUCUCUGUCUCUUCUGAAUUUUGGUGAACCCACUCAUGUUGACUCUCACUCACUCCCUUUCCUGUCUUGAUCUUUCUCUCUUUGCUCUUCUCUUUAUUUAGACUUCACAUGGUAUGGUACACUCUGUUCCUCACUCUACCUCCCAGGGCACGCGGAAGUGCAUUCCCUGGUGGAAUGCAGACUAUGCUUGGGCUGUCUGCUGUAAGCGUGCAGCCUGGAAAAAAACACCGACACCCGAUUCUUUUGUUUCAGAAGGGAAGUGCGGUGGCCCACAGUGCCAUCCACACAGCUAAGCGGGAGUUGGAAAUCUUAUAUCUCCACCAUUACCAAUGACACUCCUCUGCCCCUGAUCUGAAAGAAAAUCCAUAAGAUAGCGGGUAAAUUUUUCCCAAAUAUCUCCCCUGUCCUCCACCUCUGUGGUUCUAUUGUGGCAGAUCCGGUGUCGGUCGCGACCGAACUAGUUUCACACUUUUCAACUGUUAGCUCCGGUUCUCAUCUUCCUCCUCCUUUCCUUACUCAUAAGCUGUCUUCAAUCUUGUCCCUUAGAUUUUCACAUUUAUCUGCAGCUUCCUUAUAAUGAUCCUCUCACUCUCAGAACUCCAGUCUGCCCUGGCCCUCUGCGAUUCUAUGGUGAAUGGCUCAGGUGACAUUCAUUAGAUGCUUUGCCAUCUCCCUCCAUGCAUGUUUCAGCAUUUACUGAAUAUUUACAACCGUGUCCAAGAGUCGUCGUCAGUCCCCGAGGACUGGCUUGAGGCAGCUGUUCUUCCCAUUCGGAAACCUGGUUCUCUAGGGUCAUCCCCUAAAGACUUCCGCCCCAUUGCUCUAACGAGUUGUCUGCAAACUCUUUGAACGUAUGGUCAAUCUUUGAAUGUGGCUUUUGGAAUGCUAUCACCACAUCUUGCCUUCUCAAUUUGGCUUUUGCAAGUGCUGCAGCACAACUGAUAUCCUCGUGAACUUGGAGGUCUAUGUUUGUACUGCCUUUGCUGUUAAGAUUGCCAUUGUUGCUGUCCUUUUUUACCUAGAAAAGGCAUAUGACACCACCUGGAGAUACCAUAUUUGCACUAUUAUUAUUUUCCUGGUUGCCCUCAAUGGUCUCCUUUCCUUCCUUCCCUCUGGCAUUUUCUCCGCUUUCUAUGUUGACACUCUUACCCUCUGCUGUCAAGGUGAUGACUCGCCUUUCCUCCAACAGUGGUUUCAAAUUGUGAUUGAUGCCGUAUCGUCCUGGGACACCAAUCAUAACUUCAGUUUUCUAUAACUAAGACUUGUGCUAUGACCUUUACUCGGAAGCAGGUCGUUCUUUGAACCCCCUUGUUGGUUUAUGGUAAUCCUCUUGUAUCUGUUUACAAGAGCCCUGAGGAAGCUGAUGUGAACCCCGUGUAGCCGCGGGACUUCAACACAACAAUAGCUGUGGUGUGCAAUUCUGUGACAGUUACUCACCACAGCUAUUGAUGUCUUGCACAAUUUAAGGGUUAAUUAUUUACCAAAUUAUGAUGGAAUGAUUCAACUGAUACAAAUGUUUUGUUGUGUGCAAUACACACACACACUUAAGGCUAUUAAGCAAAUCAUUUUCAAUAAUUCAAUAGUAUAAUGAAAUUAUAUUAAAAGGUAGAUAAAAACUAGACAUACACACAUACCAUAAAACUUAGGAAAUAAUUUUGCAGUCUAUUAAGUCAUUCAGUUAAAACAAAAAUAUGUUCACUACCAACAGUCAGCAUUGUCUUGUCAAAUAGUAUAUUAUUCUAGAACAUUUCAGUCAGCAAUCAUGCACUAUGCUGUGGCAUUUAUCCUCAAAACACACGCUGAUAUCUUUAAUACAAACAGCUGGGUACUACUUUAUCUGUGACAAUAUAAGGAAAAAGAAUAAUAUAUUGGUAAACAUUUGAGCCAUUGUAGACAUACAGCUGCUGGGUAAUACUUGCAAGUGCAAUUAUUUUUGUUAUUAACACGGUAAACUCGCCCAUUUCUUAACCUGAGCACAUGUUAUAAAUAUUGCACACUAAACUUUCUGUAAUUUUCCCGUUUUGUCUUUAAUCUGAAAUGAAUGAAUAUUGUUGAAAAAUAUUGAAAUGUUAUUUAGUAUAAACAUGCAGCAAUGGGAGCAUGAAAAAUUCAGUGUUUUAUGCAUUCCACCCAACCUUCAACUGGGAUGUCAUUAAAAUUAUACAAUAUAACUUAAAUUGUAAAACUCUAGCAAAUGACAAAUCAUCUAUGUUUUCUAGUUUUGAGUCUUUCAAAUUCUAUAACCUGUUUUACAUGGGCUUUGGCAAUUUUUUCCAUAUUCUUACUAGUAGAUCCCUGACCUAUGACAUCCAAAGCAAAUGGUCUGCAAACAGCAAACAGUUUCUUGAAGCACACCUUGAAUAAUGGAUCCUUCAUUUUCAUCCCCUCUUUUUCAAGGGAUUCUACAACAGCCACACGAAGUUUCUGUCAAGGUAAAAAAAAAAUUAAAAUAUAUAAAGAGAAAUUUUUACCAUUGCACACCCAAAAUAAUAGUUGAUAGGUAUGUAUUUUCAAAAUUUUUGUAUUGUUGAUAUCAUUGGAAUCUAAAUACAAAUGCCUCUAUAAAUGAGUAACUCUACCUAAUCAGGUUUUAUUGUUAAUAAAAAAAAUUAAGGCUGAUCGAAUUUCUUGAAGUUAAGCUAACCCAAGGGACACACAACGAAGGCAAAGUUAUGUCUUCUAAGUGGAUAAGGUACUUCUGAUCACAAGAGGUGGGGGCAUUUCAAAGACAAACUGCAGAGUGAGCCAAGGAGGCAGCAGCCAUGAUAUCCCACAGGAAUUUCAACCAGAUAAUCCUUUCCAAAGGCUAAAGCUGGGAUAGAAGUUAAUUGCCUAUGAAACUUUUUACUGUAUCCCUCACAACUGGAAAUGCACUGUCCUUGAACAGCAAUCAUUGCUGCAAACUGAACCCAGAUGAGUUGAAGCUUGUGCUGAACCAUCCUAAUGAACCUGGUGAAUGUUGGACAGCCCAGAAAAUUCUUCAACUUCUGCAAAAUAAUAAAUGCCCCUCUUUGAUUCUGGGAGAGUAGUGGCUGGUCUCUGGUGGUCAGGUGCAGGAGCUCUCCACAUACACAACCUGCUUCCCAUGACACCACUGUUACUCCAGCUUCCCCUGACAACUUCCUCCACUGACAACGUGCCUCUACUGACACCACUAUUACACCAGCUUCCCUUGACAACUUCUACCACUGACAACCUGCCUCCCAUGAGAAUACGUAACUUACACGACCUGCCCCCUGACAACAACUCUCUCUCACCAAUGACCCCCCCCCCUGACACCAUUUUAUCAUCCUUCAACCAUUUAUUGCACUUAUUGCUCUUAUUUAUGCUUUAUAUAAAAUAAUUAUAUUCAAAUUUUAUCUAACAGUACUGUAUCAGAAUUUUCUAAAUUAAUAGCAAUAAUCAUUUUAAUUUUCCACUUAAAAUAUCCAAUUUUUUCAGAUGUCAUUAAGCAACUUAAAACUUAAUGAAAAAUGCAACAUAUCCAUAUAUUACCUGCUUGUGUACAUCACUCAGAUCAGCAGGUUUAGGAAUUCUCUUGCUUUGUGAAUUAACAUUUCUUAAUGGACCUCUAGUAGCUGCUGGCUGUAGUAAGUCUGAAGGUUUCAUCAGGUCACUUUCGCUCUUCCUGUUUCCAUGGCCUCCUUUUCUCAAUCCCUUCUGAGGUGUUGUUCUGAUAACAAGGGCGUAAUUUUCAUGAAAUUUAUGUACUAUAUACAGCUACAGAGUGCCUCAAAACUUACACAUACAAUCCAAUAAAGAACACUGUAUUUAUUAAUGAAGUACAUUGUAUAACUUGAGGGAAAACAGUGGAUUGUGUCAUUUUUAAUUUACAGGUACUCAAGAGUAGUCACAAUUAGCAUCUUGGCACUGUCAAAAGCAAUAAACAAGCUUGUGUAUAUUAUUUUUAGACACCCUGUAUGUGAUAAAACCACGUGAGAAACUCCACCUUACCUGAUGUACAGUUCCCAUGUGUGUUGUAUUAUGUAAUGCCAUUAUUAAUGGUGCUGCAUAGUAUCUAUAUGUAAACUGCAAUUAUUUAUUAUUCGAUUAUUUAGUGACUUUUGCAGCGCCUACUUAGUGUGGUGGUUUGAUGCUAACCCCCCGUUUCUAUCCCUCAUAACUGCAAGUCAACCUGAUAAUCAUUAAAAUUUAAAUGUUAGGUUUUUUUAAUAAUCGAGUGUUGUGGACUUAUUUUAAAACCUCAUAUUAUAUAUACAUAUGUAUACCUGUAUAUCUAUGCGAACAAGCCUGAAUGGUCCCCAGGACUAUAUGCAACUGAAAACUCACGUAUAUAUCUAUAUACACCUUUGUGAUAACUACUUAUAAUUAUUAUCAUGACAAUAUUUUGUCCGAUUCUUCCUGGUAAAAAAUUAAGAUUUCAGAUACAGAAAUUAUGUCAGUAAGGGUAGACUGGCUUUUUCUCUUAGUAUGGUAGUCUCAUGUAUAUAUAUAAAUUAAUCAUUUCAACUUGUUAAUAAAGAUGUAAGUUUAGAAGUCUCUGUAUUUAGGUAAGUUAUUAAUUUGCAGUGAAUAUUAUUUUCCAAGAUAAAAACACGUAUAGAUGAAUGUACUGUAGCAAGUUCUUAGUAUUUUAACCUGUUAGGCUACCUUAUUACAAAAUAAACCAGUGCUUAAUAUAGUAUUACAAA